AUGGAGAAUUAUCAGUUUGUAUUUGUGAUGUACUUGAUGAGGCGUUUAUUGGGGAUGACAAAUGAGUUGUCACUUGCGUUACAACAAAAGGACCAAAAUAUUGUUCAAGCCAUGCGAUUGAUUGAAGUGGUGAAAGCUCGUCUUCAACACUUUAGGGAGACAGGAUGGAAGGAGUUUUUGGGAGAAGUUACCUCUUUUUGUAAGGGGAACUCAAUCGAUGUGCCUAAUAUGGAGGAUAAUAUGCCAAUUCGUGGUCGUUCUAGGCUGGAAGGACAAUUCAUUACUCAUUUUCACCAUUAUCGUGUAGAGAUUUUUUGUGAGGUUAUUAAUUUGAUUUCUCAAGAAAUGCUCAACCGCUUUCCUGAAGCUAGCACGGAGUUACUUCUUUUGGUAUCAUGCUUUGAUCCUAAGAACUCAUUUUCUAAAUUCAACAUCCAUAAGCUACUCCAUCUUGCAGAGUUGUACCCUGAAGACUUCUCAGUGAUUGAACGUAUGAUGCUUGAGGAUCAACUUGCUACUUUCAUUUAUGAUGUGCGACAUGAUGAUGAUUUUGCAAAUAUCGGGGACUUGGGAGAUUUUGCUAUAAAGAUGGUUGAUAUUGGCAAAUGUACUAUUUUCCCCCUCGUUUAUCGUCUUAUUGAGCUGCCAUUGGUUUUGCUAGUUGCAACAGCUAGUGUUGAGAGGGCAUUUUCGGCAAUGAAUAUUGUGAAAACUGACUUGCGUAACAAAAUGGGAGACGAGUGGAUGAAUGAUAACAUGAUUGUCUAUAUUGAGAAAGAGGUUUUUGCAACUAUUGAUAAUGAGGCGAUCCUACAAUGUUUGCAGAGCUAUCGAAUAAUGCUAACACAAGAUACUACAUCAAAGACUCUUUGCUGA